AUGCCUCUUCUUCCACCCAACAUACAAGGAAAAAUUGGUUGCACUCAAGGAGACAAGAAGGGAUCAAGUGUGGAGAAAAACGAUAAUGGAAUGGCACGAAGGAGAAGCGAUGACGAUAUAACACCGAAAAUUAUUGGAAGAAACAUUGAAACUGGUGAGAAAGUCUUCGAAGCACAGGGUCAAGCCUAUGGAAUUGUGAAGGGGGAACGAGUUGAAGAGAGAAAUGUCGAACGUUUUGAGCAU